AUGAUGCUGGCUUUGGAACAAGCGGGAUCGCUCUUCACCGGCUGGUUUCGGUCAUGCGUCUCUUGUUUAUCGCCGCAUGAAGAGGUGCAGGAGGAGAGGGGUCGAAGGUCGAAAGAAAGAGGCAUCGAACGGGAGAUGCAAGUAUGCCAUGCCCAACCACAUCUAGUUCCCCCCAUGAAACUAGUCGUGUAUGAUGAUCUCCCCAGCCCCGGUGGUUAUCAUCAUCGCCAGAGUUCACUAUCAUCAUGGGUAGUUGAGGGGAGGCAUCUUGCAUCUCGGGCAUCAACCCGUGCAAGUAUGUCCUGGAAGAGACAAUCAGCAACCCCGUUGAGAAUCGGCGCACCAACAGACUUUCGUCGAGUCGACUCCUUCCACCUCGAGUCUUUGCCGGCGUUGCCGAAGCAGUACAAGCCCCUGGAACUGAGCAUUCACCGAUCUGGUCAUCGGUUAUCAGACCUGCCCUCAUUCGAGGAGUUUCAGCUGGAAGACAACCAACAACGCCAGACUAUAGCGUCCCCUCCACGGGCCUUCACUCCGCCUGGUAUUCAAGUUCGGCGCUGUCAAUCGAGCCAUGCUGCAGUAGCCGUAUCUCGAAAACCAGUUGGUUCACGAGAUCGUCUAUCAUCCGUAUACACCGAUCAUCCAAUCGACUCCCCCGCGCCAGUCCGCAUCGCAAGCACCUUGAUCCCGCAUUUCUCUCUCGUGAACCCCAUCGAGACAACCAUCCGCGAAGAAGAUCUCAACACACCCUCCUUCGACCCAUCAAGCUGGGAAUCAAACGUCCUCUCCUUAAAAACAUACUCAAACCACGCCGAGACCCAAACUCUCUCGUCCUCAGAGUCAGAUCCCCAAACACCCCGUCCCAAAGACAUCGACCCCAGCGACACAUCUACCAUCACCGACUCGCCCUUCUCAACCAGAGACUCCCCGUCAACUGCAAGCUCACGGACAAUGCCAUCCCGCCUCUCCUCCCUCUCCCGCCCCUCACCUGAAACCCGCAACACCAUCGCAGUACCCGCCCUCCCUGACCGAAUGACCCAGUGGUUCUUCCCAGGCAGCAAAGCUUCCGUCUCCAGCUCUCCCUCCCAGCCCGUCUCCCUCGCCGGUGAAAACAGAUUCGCCUGGGAGCGAACGCGGACGUUGAGCGGUACGACCGUCGGCUCAACGGUGACGACUAUCACAGGCGGUGCGACGAACCGACGGCCCAAUUUCUCCGUCUCGAGUUCCUUCACCGCGUCCUCGACGCCUAGGGUGUCGCUAUCCGGAGCGAGCCCGACAGAGAAGGAUGUUGAUGGUGGCUUUUAUCCUACGAUUUAUGAGGGUCAUUCGCAGCAUCAGCUUUCUCGGACUGCCCGGCCUGAGGAUUUCCCCAGGUAUGAGGGGACCGAUGUUGGUUUGGCCUUUUAG